GUGGGUUUGGGUAUUUCUAUUUUUUGUAAGCGAGUGUGUGUGGGUUUGGUGUUGAAAUAGCAAAAAAAAAUGGUGAAGGAAGAGAUAAUUAGUCUCUCACCUCCUCUUCCUCUUUACUACUUGUCUUCUCUUCACGCUUUCUUAAUUCUUCUUAUUCCCAAUUCUUUCCCUAACCCUAAUUCUCCCUUUCUCCAAUCCUCGAUUUUUUCCCCUUUUGUUGUUUCUUCUUACUUUCAUCAUCAUCAUCAUCAUCCUCUUCUCUACUCUCCCAAUUCGUCUCUCCUGAUCAAUCGUCAAGUAUUGUUGGAGCUUUGGGGUUUCUCUAUUGAUCAGUUUAUCAUCUUGGAGAGCGAUAAGAGUUUAUAUAUGAUUACAAAUGAUCUACAAUGGAAGACAAUGGUGGUGCUUAUUGUGAUGGUAUGAGGAAUAAUAAUACUGUGAGGAAGAAACGUAGCUUGACUUGUCGUCGUCGUCCUCGUCCCGAUGGAUCAAAUCUUUUGACGACACCUUCUUCAGAUCAUUUCAGCAACAUCUCUAGUGAUGAUAUACCGGCUUUUGAUACUAACCCUAGAAGGAAAGAGUUUAGUCUUAGCCAUUGUAUCUCACGUGCUGAAUCUAUAGCUGUUUCUGAAAGAGGUAACAAUGAUUCUCGCCGAAGAGAGAUCAUCAACAGAAACAAACGUUCGACUGAAGGUCUACUUGCUCCUGCUAGCUGGAAAAAUGCAACCCGGGAAGAUGAACAAGGUAAAGAUGCGAUCAAUGGAAAGGGAACUGGUUCGGGUGAGUUUGAGGGAGAAACUAAGAGAAUGAAGCUUAAGAUCGGUGGUGUGAGUCGGUUGGUUCAUGCUAAUGGUUCUUCAUCUAGAAAGUCUUCGAAACCACUGAAUGAUGAUACUACUCGGCCUAACCAUGAUUUGCAGGAAAGUUCUGAAGAUUGUGAUUCCCCUCUAGAUAAGAAGGCUGAUCUUGAGGAUGCUGAGAUAGACGGGUCUAUGACGGGGAAGAGAAAACAAGGAGAGCCAACUGGCUCGGUUCGCAAGAGCAAACGAGCACCAAAGAAACGAGUUUUUGAUAGCGAUGAUGACAAUGAUGACGAGAUCAGGUAUUUGGAAAAGCUGAAAUAUAAGAGAGUUUCUGUGUGUAACGACGAUACUGAGUCAGGAUCAGGAAGGAGGCAAUUGAAGCCAUCUGGGAUUACAAAUGGGGAAAAUUCCGGCAAGAAGAAAGCUGUGUCUGAACAGGCGUCCGAAGACAUGGAUUGUGCGGAGGAACUUGAAGCGGUGUCUGAUGAAAAAGAGAUUGAUAAUAAUGAUAAUAAGAGGGAAUCAAAUUUGACUAGUCGUCAGCGAGCCCUUGCUUCUGGCAAAUCAAGUGCGAUUGAUUUUUCAGAUGGAUUACCUCCUACAUCCAGAAGGAAAAAGGAGACUCUUUCAGAAAUGGAGCAGCAAUUGAAGAAGGCAGAAGCUGCUCAAAGGCGAAAAGUUCAGAUUGAGAAGGCUGCAAGAGAGUCUGAGGCAGAGGCCAUUAAAAAAAUUCUAGGUCAAGAUUCGAGCAGGAAGAAGCGUGGAGACAAAAUCAAGAAACGACUCGAUGAGUUGGCUCAGGAGAAGGCUGCACAAGAGGAGAGAGCCUCAACUUGCUACAUCAGAACAAUAAUGGGUCCUAAUGGAACCACUGUUUCAUUUCCAAUUGACAAAGUGCCUAGCCUGUUCGAUCCCAAACCAUCAGGUUAUCCUCCUCCGCGGGAAAAUUGCGCAGGUCCAUCAUGCACCAAUCCUUACAAGUAUCGCGAUUCGAAGACUAAACUUCCUCUAUGCAGCCUCAAAUGCUACAAGGUGGUUCAGCAACAACAGCAGAUUGCACCGGCUUAGAUAUAUUGAUUGAUAUUUUUUUGAUCGAAAGGAGAAGAGAUUAGCUUCCUGAUUAUAUAUACUACAGAAGACAAAUUGUUUAGUUUUUUUACUUUGCUUUCAGACUUCUCUGAUCAUUUGAACUAGAUUUUGUUCAUCCUUUGUGACGAGAUCGUGGCCGUCCAUUGGCUUUACCAAACCA